GUAUAAACAUAUAAUAAAUUCCCAUUGUAUUAUUAGAAUAGAUGACGAUUCCCUUUCAAUAGGAACUCUCAUCUGUAUCAUAAUUACUAUAUCAAAUUAUCUAAAAAAUCUAUCAAUUCAAUAAUUAUUUAUCUCAUUAUUUGUUUUAUUUCGUUUUGUACUGUUUGAUUUCCUAAUAAAGAUCAAGUGAUCUGAUCCUAUCAUUUGUUAUAAACAAUGGAUCGACGUCUCUUAAAUCAACUUAAGAUAACAGACAAUUAUGAAUACUCGGAUCUUGAUAUUCAAAAACUUGAUCUUAAUCAUAGAUCUCAAAGAUAUCAUGCUCCUAAUGAUUAUUCAUUAAAGAAAUUAAUUCAAAGGACAAGAGGUAGUAAUGAUAAGAAUGAGAAUUUAUCAAAAGUACGAAAUGGUAAUAGUACUAAUACUAAUACUGUAUCAAUUGAUAUAUCCAAUCCAAAGCAUUUCUUAGUCACAAUAAAUUAUAAUUCAUCUACACGUUUAAAUCAUAAUAAUCACAAUCGUAAUCAUCAUCAUCAUCAUCAUCAUCAUCAUCACCAUAAUGAUAAACCCAAAAUAAUUCUCAAUUUAAAACCUUCUAAAACCAAAACUUCACUGGAUUCACGUCCCUUACCUUAUAAAGGUAUUCUUGCAUUUCCUGAUUGUAUUAUAAAUGAUACUGAUCCUCGUAAACAUGAUAGAGCUAUAUUUGAUAAAUUCUUAACAAAAGGUAAAGAACUUCGAUUAAAUACUUUUUCUUCAUUCACAUCAAAUCCCAAAGAAAAUACUCCAACAUUAGAAGAAUCUUUAAGUCGAGAAUCAACUCCUAUUAUAACUACUAAUCCAAAUCAUUUAAAAUCAAAAAUUAAAAAGAUUGUAAUAAGAGAUUAUGAAAUUGAAACUUGGUAUACGGCUCCAUAUCCUGAAGAAUAUUCUCAACUGCCAGUAUUAUUUGUUUGUGAACAUUGCUUAAAAUAUAUGAAUUCUCCAAUUUCAUAUCAACGUCAUCAAUUAAAAAAUUGUAAUUAUUCAAAUUAUCAUCCUCCAGGAACUCAAAUAUAUCGAGAUUCUCAACAAAGAAUUUCUAUAUGGGAAGUUGAUGGUCGGAAAAAUAUAAAUUAUUGUCAAAAUUUAUGUUUAGUGGCUAAAUUAUUUCUUAAUUCAAAAACUUUAUAUUAUGAUGUUGAACCAUUUAUAUUUUAUGUAUUAACAGAAACUGAUGAAAUUAAUCCAAAUAUUCAUCAUUUUGUGGGGUAUUUCUCUAAAGAAAAAUUAAAUAAUUCUGAUUAUAAUGUUAGUUGUAUUUUAACUCUUCCAAUAUAUCAAAGGAAAGGGUAUGGGAAUUUAUUAAUUGAUUUUAGUUAUUUACUUUCAAGAAAUGAAUUUAAAUAUGGAACUCCUGAAAAACCUUUAAGUGAUUUAGGACUUUUAAGUUAUCGAAAUUAUUGGCGUAUAGCUACAGCUUAUAAAUUAAAAGAAUUAUAUGAGAAAUAUUUACAAAGUUCUUCAUCUACAUCAUUAUCAAAUACUUCAUUAACAAUUUCAAUUGAUAUUUUAAGUAAAUUAACAGGUAUGAUUCCAUCUGAUGUAGUAGUAGGUUUGGAACAAUUAGAUGCCCUUAUUAAAAAUCCAACUACCAAUAAAUAUGCUAUUGUAUUUAAUUUACCUAAAAUUAAUUAUGAAAUUCAAAAAUGGGAAGCAAAGAAAUAUCUUACUUUAAAUAGUAAGAAUUUAUUAUGGAAACCAAUGUUAUUUGGUCCUUCGGGAGGUAUUAAUUCUGCUCCAACAAUAAUUUUACCUAAUCCUUCUGGUUCAUCAUCUAUAACAACUCAUAAUACAAUUGCUUCUAUUGUAAGUUUCUUGAAGGAUGAUAUAAAUAAUCCUUAUUCAUUUGAAGAGGAAGCCUUUAAAGAGAUAGAUAUAUAUAAAGAUAUGAAUGAGAGAGAUAAUGAACCAGAUGAUAGUAAUAAUUUGGAUGAUUAUUUAAUAUGUUAUCCAGGAAUUCAGUAUAGUUCCAAGAAGAAAUUCCCAUUCAAACAAUCAGGACCCAUUAAAGAACCCAAUCCGGUAUCUACUGUACCUGUUGAGGAACUUGAUGAGAUAUUGGGUGAAGACGAAUCCAUUGAAGAUGAAGAAGAGGAAGAAUAUGAAGAGUAUUCUAUAGAUGAUGAAGAUGAAGAGGAGGAGGAAGACGAAGAAGAAGUGGAACCUGAAAUAGUCGAAUAUGAAGAUGAGGAUGAUGCAGAAGAAGAUGCAGACGAAGAUGCAGAAGAAGAUGUAGAUGAGGAUGAAGCUGAAGUUGUUGAUGAAGUUGAAGAAGUCAGUAAUAUUGCAGAUGGAACUGCUGCUAUCUCUGAGAAUAAACAACAGAUAUCUGAAGAGAGUGUCCCAGUCGUAACUCCAUCUUCAUCACCUCCCAGAAAAAGAGGUCGACCUUUAGGCAGUUUUAAAAAGAAAGUAUCUGUACCUGUUAAACCAGUAAUUGCUACCAGAACAACUCGAUAUCAAACUUCAACUACUUCGACUCGGUCAGCCGCCGCCUCUAACAGUACAACUCCUAGACGAACUUUACGAUCAAGAUAAGAACAGAAACAAACCCCUAUUUUUGUAUUAUAUC